CCCACCCCCGGCCCGUUCCCUUCACCCCAUCCCCGGUAGGAACGGCCCCCCCCCGGUGCCGGGCGGGCUGUGAGCGGCCCCGAGGGUGCCGGGGGAUGCGGCGGGGGUGGGUUUGGUGGCGGGGGUCGGUCCGUACCUUCCGCGGCCCCUCCGCGCUCCGACCGCCCGAGCCCGGCCCCGCCGCCCCCCCGCCGCCGCCACCCGGAACCGGAAACACCCGCCCCCGCCGCCGCUUCCGGUGCCGGCCGGAAGCGCGGGGUGCCGUGCGCAUGCGCACACCGGCGGAGUGACGCCCGCCGCCGCGCCGCCAUGAUGGGUGAGGGCGGUUGCCAUGGUAACGGCGCGGCCUGGACCCUUCCAGAGCCCCCGAGCCUCCCUGAGCCCCCCAGGAGAGGGACCCACCCUCCAUCCCCCCCGAAUCAUCCACAUCGGCACCGAGCACCAGCACCCCCGGACACCCCGGCACCCUCACACCCCACAAUCCGCCUCAGGCUCCGCUCCCCGCUGUCCCAAAUCGCGACCCACAUUUGGGGACCCCCGCCUCAUUUUAAUCCCCCCGUGAGGGGGCCGAUCCCCGCCUUUCCUCUGCCCAACUUGAUUGUCCCCACUCCCAACUCCCCCCUGCCCCUCCCUGUCUGGGAAUGGAGGGGGAUACUGGAACUGGGGCACUGGAAUUGGGGGGACACUGGGAAUGAGGGGCACUGAGAAUACGUGUGGGGAUUCUGGGGACAAGGAGGACAUCAAACACUGGUGGGGGGACACGCUGGGAGGGAUGGGGGACAUUAGGGACAAAUGGGGGUUACAUGAGGGAUGGGGGGACACGCUGAGAAUGGGCUGUGGGGUCACUGGGAAUGUGGAGUCACCACUCUUCCUUCUUCCCACGGAUCUGGGGACACAAUUCUGACCCUGUCCCCAUGUCCCCCGCCCUGGGGCCCCUUCCUGAGUCCUGCACUUUGCUCCUUGCCCCUUGGUGACGUGGCCAGAGGAAAAUUCCAUCCUGGGGAGGAGACAGAGAGGAGCUGGGAGAGUCUCAUCCCAGGAGAGGCUGAUCUGGGAGCGCAUGAUCCGGGAGUGCCUGAUCCCAGGAAAAGCUGGUCCUGGGAGCACCUGAUUCUGGGCUCACCUGRUCCCAGGAUCACCUCAUCCCAGGAGAACAUCAUCCUGGAAAAUUCCAGCUGGCAGAGGUGAGAGAAGCUGGGAGCACCUGAGUCCAAGAGAGUCUGAUCCCUGGAGAAGCCCAUCCUGGGAACACCUAAUUUUGCGAUCAUCUAAUCCCAGAAUCACCUCAUUCCAGAAGAACAUCAUUCUGGGAUCACCUUAUCCUGGGAGAAUUUUAUCCUGGGAGAAACUAAUCCCGGGAGCACCUCAUUCCAGGGAGAAGCUCGUCCUGGGAUCACCUCACCCAGGAGCACCUCAUUCCAGGAGCACCUAAUUCUGGGAUCACCUUAUCCCACAAUCUCUUCAUUCUGGGAGCACCUUUAUCCCAGGAGAACCUUGUCCCGGGAUCACUUUAUCCCAGGAUUUUCUGCUUCCAGGAGUUCAUCCUGAGAUCCCCCAUCCCGUCACCCUCUGUCAAUCCCAAUCCCAGGGUCACUCCUGGUGUAUUUUGGGGUCCCCCUGUGUUCUCCUGCCAUGGCUGAGCCCUCUGGGAUUUGGGACAGCAUCCCAUUGGAUGAUCCWGGCCUGGACAACGUGGCUGGGGAGGAAUUCCUGCAGGAAGUGCUGCAGAUCCUGCUGGAGGAGGGCGUGCGGAAGGGCACGGACGUGACAGAGAAGGUCGGGACAUGGGAGGCCCUGGGAGGGUGGGGGUCCCCAAUCCCAUCCCAUUCCCAUUCCCAUUUCCAAUCCCAGUCCAGUUCCUUCCUCAAUCCCAGUCCCAUUUCUGUCCCCAAAGGUCACCCCCGAUUCUUCAACCAGCUUUUCUCAGGGCUGGACCACCACGCCCUUGCCGGGCGGUUCCUCACCGAGACCCUCAACACAAGCCCAUACACAUACGAGGUGGCCCCAGUGCUGGUGCUGAUGGAGGAGCAGGUCCUGGCCAAGCUCCGGGAGCUCGUGGGAUGGAGCAGUGGYGAUGGGAUCUUCGCUCCCGGGGGCUCCAUGUCCAACAUGUUGGCCAUGAACGUGGCGCGAUUCCGGCGCUUCCCGCAGAGCCGCAGCAGAGGMAACUGGGACCUUCCUCGCCUGGGCCUCUUUGCAUCUCAGGAGAGCCAUUAUUCCAUCCAAAAAGGAGCCGCUUUCCUGGGAAUUGGCACAGACAACGUUCACCUGGUGCAGACAGAUGAGAGGGGGAAGAUGAUCCCAGAAGAGCUGGAGAAGGAGAUCCAGAGGGUGAAAGCUGAGGGCUCAGAGCCCUUCUUUGUGUGUGCCACGAGCGGCACCACCGUCCUGGGCGCCUUCGACCCGCUGGACGCCAUUGCCGACGUCUGUGCCCGCCACGGGCUGUGGCUGCAUGUGGAUGCAGCGUGGGGGGGCAGUGCCCUCCUUUCCCCCCGACUCCGGCACCUCCUCGCCGGCAUCCAGAGAGCCGACUCGGUGACUUGGAACCCCCACAAGCUGUUGAUGGUGGGGUUGCAGUGCUCGGCGUUCCUGCUGCRUGACACCUCUGGACUUCUGCAGCGCUGCCAUGGUGUGGGGGCCUCGUACCUGUUCCAGCAGGACAAGUUUUACGAUGUGUCCCUGGACACAGGGGACAAGAGCCCCCAGUGUGGCCGCCGUGCUGACGGCCUCAAGCUCUGGAUCCUCUGGAAAGCCGUGGGAUCCCAGGGCYUGGGAUGGCGUGUGGAACGGGCAUUUGCAGCCACUCGGUAYCUGUUGGAGCAGGUGAAGAGCAGGGAAGGAUUCCAGCUGGUGAUGGAGCCAGAAUUCCUCAACCUCUGCUUCUGGUUCAUCCCACCCAGCCUGCGGGGCAAGGAGAACUCCCCAGAAUUCUGGGACAAACUGGGAAAGGAAUAA